CCAAAAUUAAAAAGCAAUAACACAGAUAUAAGAAAAACAACUAAUUACAAAAGGAAAAAACCAUGAUACACGCCCCGAUAUUCAAUAAAACCCCCGGAUCAUCGGGAAAAUAACUGAAAAUAUUUGUAAAGUAGGAAAAAAAAACUACGAAUAAAAAUAGCGGAACGUCAAACACAUCAGUUAAAAAUCGAUAAAUAAUCAAUAUGUCUGUCGGCAAGAAAAACGUGGACUGGAGCCGUUUCGGUCUGGCUACUGACGGGGACCAGGACGCCUCCGAAACGACCAGGCUCAAGGACCCGGCCCUCGAGGAAGGAUACUACGGGGGGCAGGAUACUGAACUUUUCGCAGAGGAGAAGGGCGACGUCCCUUGGUGGAAGAGCAACUUCUUCGUGAGCGAGCGCGUCCUCUUCGGAACUUGGGAUGGAGUCUUCACGUCCUGCCUGGUCAACCUCCUGGGCGUCAUCGUCUUCCUCAGGGCAGGAUGGGUCGUGGGCGAGGCUGGCGUGCCCCUGGCUGCCCUCAUCGUUGUCAUUUCAGUGAUUGUGGUGCUGACGUCGGUGGUCUCGGCGGUGGGUAUCUGCGAGAGGACGAGGGUCGAGAGCGGAGGCGUUUAUUUCCUGGUGUCCCAUGUACUGGGGUCGCAGGUGGGCGGCUCCAUUGGCCUCGUCUACUGCUUUGGACAGGCAGUGGGCAUCUCGCUCUGCGUCACCGGUUUCGGCGAGUCCAUGGCCGAGCUCCUGAAGCUGUCGUGGGUGUGGUCUGAAACGGCCAUCGGGGCCGGCGCCCUCCUCCUCCUCGCCCUCAUCAACGUUGCGGGCGUUAAGUGGGUGAUCAAGGUCCAGUUUCUGCUGCUUCUGCUGGUCAUGCUCGCCGCCCUCGACUUCAUCAUCGGCAGCGUUUUCGACCACACCGAAAAUACGGGCGUCACCGGGUGGUCGGCCGAGACCUGGAAGAAUAACACCUCUCCCGGGUACACCUCAGGAACCACUUGGUUCACGGUCCUCGGGGUCUUCUUCCCAACCGUGACAGGAAUCAUGGCCGGCAUAAACAUGAGCGGAGACUUGCGUAAUCCCGCCAGGGACAUCCCCGUCGGAACGAUCUCCGCCCUUGGACUGAGCACCGUCCUUUACCUGGUCUUCAUCAUCAUCCUUGGAGCUACGGUGGAGCGUCACGUACUUCUCUCCGACUACAUGAUCACGGAGAAGGUGUCAGCCAUCGGAGUGUUACUGCUGGCUGGUCUCUACACAUCGACGCUGUCGUCUACGUUGGCGUCUCUCUACGGGACACCCAGAGUCCUCCAGUCUAUAGCAGCUGAGAAUGUCAUUCCCUUUUUAUCUCCUUUGGCACAAGGGAAAGGUCCAAACAAAGUGCCAAUAGUGGCCCUGGUGGUGACGGUGAUGAUCAACAUCGUGUUCCUCCUGGUGGGGAGGAUCAACACUCUGGCGCCCAUCGUGACCAUGCCCUUCUUGGCCACCUACGCGGCCAUCGAUUACGCCUACUUCGCUCUGGCCAUGACGGCGGAUUUGCACCGGGCUCGCGAGGCCAGGUUUAGAGGUCAGGCCUUUGGAACGCCCACAUUCGAUUCUCGCGGUGUUGGAGGUUCAACGGAUUUAGAUCAACUGUUUCCUGAGAGGGUUACCCACAAGAAAGUCAUUACGACUGCUGCUAGUUCCGGAACGUCGAGCCUCGUAUCGUCGCCGGACGAUCAUUCCAGUAUGAAAUCUGACACGGAUCGUUCAGCAAAGGAGGAUGACAGCAUCGGAAGCGCUGCCAAAGCUGAUGCCCUGCCCGGGCCGUCCCUGACACCCACCGACAUCACAGGAAAACCCACCCACUGGUACUCCUACCUCUGCAACCGAUGGCUCUCCCUCCUCGGGGUGGGUGUUAAAUUAGCAAUGAUGAUCUGCGUCCACUGGGCCUACGGCCUCGUCACCUUGACUACCCUCCUCUUACUGUAUGUGAACAUAGGGCGCGCCGCCCCCGGGGGAUCUCCGGGCAUCGCCACGGAGUUCGUAUUCCUCCGGUGGCUCAAGAACAGAUUCCUAACGUGUAUAGGGCAAAGACCCGCCGAGUACGACCAGGUGAUCGUCACGCCCCUUCACCCGGGUGUGGAAAUCACCGCCAACCAACUCACCGAGGAAAACGAAGACUUCGCAGCCAGGUCCCGGUACCACCAGUCGACGCCAGGUCAAGCCCUACCUGAUCUACCUGAGCCUAAGUAAAUUGUUCGCGACGUAGAUGGACGAUGAUGUUCAUGUUUUAAUGUCCAUUUCAUUAACGUUAAGCUCGAAGAUCGCGAAUGAAUUUUGGGGUCGUGCAAUGCGACAGUCGACGGAGCAUUGUGGGUGAGACUAGGAUCAUUCCUAGCGCAAUACUGCAACGUAUUGCCUUCAUUUCGAAGAUGUUUUUGAAGAUGUAUAUGUACACAUCGACAAGCCGUGAAAUUCAAUGGUAAUGCUAGAGAAGGGUCCCACGGAGAGUUUUUUGUACAUCCUAACGCAAAGGAAAUAUUUCCUGAAGUAACGGUUCCUUAUGACCGACGGUUGGUGUUGAUUGAUUUGCACAGACUGACAAUAGCGUCACAAAAUUAGCUUUCAUCAACACCAUGAUGGUUGCUAAGUGGAAUAUAUACUAAGUUUAUUGCAUAUAGGGAUAAUCUGUCACUGACCACGAGUAAUGUCGACGAACAGACAGGAAUAUUUCAAUAAAUUAAGUUGACUUUAUGCAAUUAUUUCAUGAAAAGUCAGAUACCAAAAUAUGUGUGAAGUUCUGUAUCUAAGCAUACGAGAUGUACCUAUUAUCUUAAGAGGAAUCAUUGUAUCAGUCUUAUGAAAAAUUGGGAAUUAUUAUUCGAACGGCAGUCUACAAUCAAAUUUGCGCGAAAAAAAGGAUGGGACAUUGCUCUCGAAAAGAGAAGUUAUGUAUAUCCGUUCGCUAAGAGUGGUAAAAUGAAACUAAUGCUUAAUCAUUGCCAUUCCUUGCCGGUAUCUGGACAGCCCUCCCGAUAUUUGGAUUUAAUAUUGGUAGCAAUUACCGAUAUUCUCAAGGACCUAUAACAUAACAAAUUUUAAACUGUCUUAAAUUUAUUCCAAAAACUAAAAUAAGGCAUUUUCAUGCAGACAUUUAACGUUUACAAUGUGGCUAGCGUUGAAACAACAUUACAAUUAUGUAAGUUUACCAUUUGUAUUUGUCAAAAUUCUCAUUUUCUAUUACUUCAGCUACUGCACCUAAUGGUAAACUGAAGACAUUUUCGUAACCGUUUUCUAUACCUGGGACAGUUCUCAAUAAGAAUUAUCACUAUCGGGAGCAACUACAUAAUUUAUCUCACCCACAGGAAUAUCAAGAUGUACGAUUUACUAAUAUUCAGAGCAUGGGAAGCAAAGAAGCCUAUUCUCAAACUCUGGGGACGCAAACUCUAUUCCCUUCUGAGAGUAUAAGGAUGCAUUAAUUAACUUAAACAUCACUAUCAUUGUGAGUAGGAUUAAUACAAACAAUUCGGACAUUAGCUUUACAACAUUUUCCAAAAUCAAUUUUAUUUUCAGUGUCCAUUAACAUAAAUUAUUACUGAACCCUCGUUAUAUAAGGGAGCAUCAGUUUUGGGACUCUUGCAGAGUAUUGCUGACUGAAUACCGCAUCAUUUUGGUGCCACUGGCUUGUUACCUACUCCGAGAAGCUGGUACCAAACAUGGCGGAAGCUGCCGUGUUUAGUACUAGUCCCUCGAGAUCAAAGUAUUAUAUACACCAAUUCUAAAUUGUGUGGUCGACAAAUUGUAUUCGUAAACGAUAUCUUUACAUGUACCACACGUAAUAGGUGACGCGUAGAUGACAAGCCAAAGUAGCACCAAUCUUUUUUAUUUUUUUUACAGAAAUCCAAAUAAACAGCAAUUAACAGCCAUAUCGUAUUCACUGCCAGAUCACAGUUCGUUCAGGACUGGUAAGAUAUUUUAGUUUCAGGCUAUGGGAUUGCAACUUUUCCUACGGCUAACCCAUUGCCGGAUGAGGUCUUAGAAAUUACUUUCGAGAUCGACUUCUAUGUUCUCUCAACUUCAGCCAUUCUUUGAACAAGCCUAACUGUGUUUCCCUAUCGUUAAGCAACAAACAUACUGGGAAAGAAAUACAGACUCGUGUUGGAUAACUAGCGAGAUUGAUUUAAUCUACGAAGCAUCAGUGUACUGAAUGAGGUUUGUAAUGGAAGCCAGGAGUCCUCAAUAUGGCUGGUUGGUUGGUCGAAAGUGCCCAUACAAAUCACACGCUUACGGAUGCUAUCUAUGUGUUUUGAUUAUAUCUGUAUUUGCACCAGGUGUAGCUUGAAGUCAUAUGUUACUUCACGUUAUGUGUAUGUAAAACAAUACUAUCUUUAUAAAUAAAGAAAAUGUCCUAUCUCCCUCGAUGUAUAGGUGUAUGUAUGGGUGUAUUUCAUUCGGUAUAUACUACUGAGAAUGCUUGUUUAAACCUUAAGAUAAAGUAUAGUGUGCAACUGAUAAUGCUAGCCUAUGAACGUUGGUAUGAACUCAUGGGGUUAAUACUAGUUCUAAGACUAACUGAGCUUUGGAUAUCCCAAAUUAUCACAAAUUAUUUUUCUUAAAUUUAAGUUUUGCCAACUGCAAAGGAUUUCUCUGGUGUGUCCAUUUUAUCAGAUUACAUUAUUACAUGAUAGUAAUAAUGUCAUCAAAUAGGUUUUUGUAGCAGGCCGAUGCCCUUUUACUCUUUUGCUACCCUUGGCAUGCUUCGGUACCAGCAGAAAUAUUCCACCCUAUUCCAGAACUAAAAAGAACAAGGAUGAAAAUAUCUGGACAUAAGCGGAUAUACAAGAGGAAUCUACCUGUGCAUUCAUAGGCAUUCAUAUCCACACAAACAUUCCUAUACAACAUUCAUAUCUACUAAAUUCACAAUCAGACUUGUAAACGUUAACACAUUUACAGAGAAGUUGAAUGCAUAUUUUUCGGCAAACCACGGCUUUCUGUUUGCAACAGAACAGGUCAUUAUAUUUAAGUCUAAUUCGAACAAAUAUUUUAAAAGCAAACUGUGUUCCUCCUCAAUCUUAAUAUUUGGUUAGGAAAUUCAUGUAAGAUAUAUGAUGACAUGUUCAGACUUAAUUGGAUAGGUAGGUGUUUUAAUGUGAAUUGUAGCUCUGGAAUGGUUGUGAAGAAAAAAGAAUAAUCUAUUUUCCAUAGACCAUGGGAGAUAUUCUCGCAUUUUCUUUCCAAAACAGAUAAAUAUAUUUUUGUAAACAUCGACAAGGGCUAUCAUGAGAGUUUCCAGUAGAGUCCGUUUCAGCCUUAGGAUAACGUUAUGUAUAAUGGGAAUAUAUAAUUUUUUGUGUUAAUGGUAAUGCAACUUUUGUUAUUGUUUUGGCCACAAAUACUUAUUCUCUUCUGUCGAGUUUUCUAUACGUUAUGUUUCGGUUGGAGAUGAAAGAAAACGGAGAUAUGACUCAUAAUUAAUUCUUCAUCACAG